GGUGGGCUAGAGUUGGGUGAAGUGAUUGCUGCAUUCGUCAUACAUCAACUACUUCAACAUUUGAACAUGUGCAAAGUCUGUCUUUCAGUGGUACAAGUGUGUGUAUGCGUGUACAGGUACAGGUAGCGAGCAUGUGCGCAUCCAUCCAUCUGCUUUUGAUGGCAAUGCUCAUCGGUCCCAACUUCAGUCAAGGCAAAUGGAUGGAGACAUGUUGUAGACAGCCCAGAGAUAAGGGGUUACGUGCCGUACCAAGCUAUUGAUUGCAUCUCCCCAGGUUCGCACAUCGAAUGUCAUUGCUCAUCAACCGACCAUGAUGGAUCAUUAUAAUUGUUAUGAAAGUUGUAUAACUGGUUAAUGAUGACGCUUCUGCCUAGAGAGGGAUCUGGGAAUGAGACAUUGGAGAUUUGACAAAUGCAAGCAUGCAUUGCCGUGGACAAUACAAGACACACACACUCUAUCUCUAUCGAGGAGACGGCUACUGAGUACUCGCAAACUACGCCCCAAACCGGUCAGCGAGCACUGCUGUGUCGCCUCACUGGUUGCAUGAGCGCUGUCGAUUGUCAUACGGAUAUCAUUCACCGUCUGUCUCAUCUGCCUUGGGUGAGCCAUUUGGCAUGUUUCGUUUCUCACCUCUGCCAGUCUGUCUAUCCUGCCCGCACGCCUCCUCCACACAACAUGUACACAGACAGGCAGCAGCAGGGACAUAGACUUACCUAGUUGGUCUAGCGUCGUUGGGCCAAGCGCUGCAUGGGAGUGGGUCUGCUCUUUUCCGCCCGGC